AAUACGAAGUGGUGUUUUGUGGUUAAUGAUCGCAUUAAGUUAGUCGGGAGACAUUCGCGAGUGUUAUUAUAUAUGAGUAUUCAAUAAACAAAGUGUAUCUGCCUGUUUUCGCUUCGUGCCAGGAAGCCGCUUCAUAACUCGAAAGUUUAUGCGGACUUUUGAGUUAAUUCGUUUGGGGUUCGGAGUAGGAGUCUACUCCGAGUGUGGGGGCUUAGGUUUCAUCAUCAUCAUCUUUCAUCAUUUCAUCAAUCAUCAAGAAAAAAAUACGUACCUAAUGAUUCAUUAUCAUUAUUAAAAAUAAUUACGAGAAGAAAACAGAGGAGAGACGCUGCGCGUGUUAAUUAUUUGCAGAUUAGCGUGUACCUACUCUUAUUGAGUAACAAUCUUCAUCAAAUAUGGCUACUGCUGAGGUGGUACCAGCCAAUGAUGUUCUAUUUUCUGAUUUAUGCGGUGUCCUAGACGACUUAUUUAAAAGAAGAAGACAAAUUCAAGUGCAAAACAUAAUAAUAGCCGAUUUUGUAAAUAAAUUCAAAGUAACUGUUUCCCAAAUAGGAGGGAAAAAGAACUCCAGUUUCUUUCCAAUAUUAAGACUGCUGUUGCCAGAUAGAGAAAGGGAGAGACCCGCUUACAAUUUGAAAGAGCGGAGGCUUGCAGAAAUGCUGGUAAAGGUUUUGGCUAUCAGUAAAACAGCACAAGAUGCGCAAAGUUUGUUAAACUUCCGAUCAAAAAACUCUCAAGAGAGUGAUUUUGCAGGGGUAGCAUAUUUUGUGGUCAAAAACAGGAUUGGCACAAAUCCGGGCAAGUGGACUAUUGGGCAGGUUAAUGAGAUUCUAGAUAAGAUAGCCACAGCCGAAUUAGGACGUAAAUGGCCUAUAUUAGACGAAGCGUUCAGCUACGCUCUGAAGAAUAUGACUGCGGAGCAAGUUAAAUGGUUUUUGCGAAUCAUCCUUAAAGAUUUGAAACUUGGAAUGGGGACUCACCGCAUACUGGCUGCAUUCCACCCGGACGCUCCUGACCUCUUCGACACUUUUGGGAAUCUGAAAAAGGUAUGUGAAGAUUUAGAUGACGGCGAUACCCGCCCUCUAGAGUUGGGCAUUAAGGUGUUCUUCGCCGUAAGUCCCAUGCUCUCCGAGCGGCUCGAUGUCGCCAACGUGAACACCCAACUGUCGCGGGGUAUUACCUACCAGAUAGAAAAGAAGUUUGACGGCGAAAGGUUUCAGAUUCACAUGGAAAACGGAAUCUUCGAGUAUUUUUCAAGAAAAGGUUUUAAGUAUUCGGAUUGUUACGGAAAGACCUACGAUUCGGGCCUUUUGACACCUUUACUCAAGAAUCGUUUUGCUAUCAGUGCCAACAGUUUUAUACUUGAUGGAGAAAUGAUGGGAUGGCAUAAACAGUACCAGUGUUUUAGUUCAAAAGGCAUGGCUUUCGAUGUGAAAAAAAUCACUGAAAAUUCUAAACAUCAACCGUGUUUCUGUGCGUUUGACAUACUCUAUUAUAAUGGGAAGGCGCUUGUCGGGCCCGCAGACAAGAAUGGUUUGCCACUCAGCAAAAGACUGGAGAUCCUUCGAUCGCUGUUUGAUGAUCUACCGGGAGUGAUAAUGCACAGCAAAAGUACGAUCGUUUGUAAUAGAUCAGACGUACUGGAUGCCCUUAACAACGCCAUAGAUGACCAGGAAGAAGGAAUAGUGGUCAAAGACAAAGAGUCUUAUUACAUCCCGAACAAACGGGGCGUUGGAUGGUAUAAAAUUAAACCUGAGUACACGAAAGAUACAAUGGAGGACUUGGACCUGGUGAUCAUCGGCGCGGAGGAGGCGCAGGACAAGCGUAAUGGCUGGGCGCGCAGCUUCCACGUCGCUUGCGCCGACGUCGACACGCCGGGAGCUAUGCCAAGCCGGUGGGUAAGCGUGGGUAAAGUGGCGUCUGGGCUCAGCUUCGAAGAGCGGGAGAGGAUAUGUGCGGCGUUGGACAAGCACCGCACGCCUUGGAAGCAGACACCCGCCCCGCCACAUGUAGUGUUCAAUAAGGAGAAACCCGACUUUUGGAUCACACCUGAACAUUCCAUAGUACUACAGGUCCGUGCAACAGAGUUGAUCCGUAGCACGGAUUUCGGCACUCCAUACACGCUGCGGUUCCCGCGCGUCGUGGCCAUCCGCGACGACAAGCCCGUCAAGGAUUGUAUGACGCUCAAUUGUUUCAAUCGGUUGGUUGAGGAAAAAAAACCAGUGAUAAAAUUGAGCAACAAGCGCAUAAAUCAAGACCAAAUCGAAGAGAUCGAAGUUAAAACUCAAAGGAAACGGAAGAAACAGGAGUUGCAAGUCGCAGAAAAGUUCCGUAAUAAAGUCGGUGACGUGACGGUGAUGUCGGGAGCUCUCGCUGGUAGAAAACUGUGCGUGUUGUCCGGUGACGAGCACUCGAACAAACCAGACUUGGUACGGAUCAUAGAGGAGCACGGUGGGAAACACGUGGAAAACACAGGAUUGGAUACCUGGUGCUGCGUCGUCGGCAACUUGAACUACCGCGCGCGGUCGCUCAUACAGUCCCAAGAGCUGGACAUCGUCACUACAAGUUGGUUGCGAAACAUCAAACCCUCCGACACACCAUGUGAUCUGUCCCCGUUGGACAUGCUCUCAAUUAAGAAAUCCACCCGACAGGCUCUAAGCCGAGUGUAUGACACGUUUUGGGACAGUUACACGAAGGAAAUUGAUGAGGAAACUCUGAAGAAAUGUUUUGAGAAAAUGGAAAAAGAGGAGCCACAUAUAUAUCUCACGAAUGAGGAGAUGUUGAAUUUAGACAAGGAGUUAUACGGCGAUCACAACCCAUUCUCCUAUCUACGCCCUUGCUUCAUACAUUUUGUUGACAAAGACACCUUGUUAGAGCUUAAAGCAAAAAUGUAUGGAGCCAACGUGCAUGAAAUAGAUUCGCCUUAUUUGACUCACAUUGUUAUAAGUAAAGUGGACAACAUUGAAGAAGUAAAGGAGCAGAAGAAAAAUACGAAUGCUGUGGUUGUCUCCGACGAUUGGUUGAGAGCUUGUUUCACUGAAGAAACACUUGUUUCUGCAGCUGAGUACUUAAUCACGUAAUAUAAAAAUAAAUAAUAAGUAGGUACAUACACGUCAACCAAUUACAAAUGCUGGUACUCUUCUAAGUAUUUACGUAUGUGUGUGAUUUGAUUAAAAAGCAAUAUUUCGUUAGUAACAAACUUGUAAUUAAGUAAACAAUCACGUAGAUGAGCAAUAAUCAAAUGUGCCUACAUAAUACGAAUAAGAAUUUAUUGACAACGGGCAAUCAUUAUCAUGUUAAUAAAAGAUUUAUUUUUUCUUGUA